GCGACAUGAUCAUCCCCUCUACUGAGAGUACAAGCUAUCUGACAAAAGACAAACCGUUCAUGAACACAGAUCUGUUCGCCGUUCCUCAGUCGUUAUUUUUUGAGGCAACUGACAUCCACUAGACUUUCAACAUAGUUCAAUGUGAGUGCGACACGGAAUAUCGUAACUUACUAUGAUUACUUGAACCUUCAGCUUCAGGAUCGUCAUAUUAUUAUUAUGUUCGCGAAGUCAUCCUCAUAUGUCCCUGCAUCUACUGUGCCUAUUAAUUAAGCUGGUCGCGAAAUAGCGCCUCAAACAACCAUUUAAAGUGACAAGAUGCCAGGAAGCUCGUUGACACUCAGCUAGCGUAAACCCAUCCCUAUGGGCAAGUUGAGCUUCUGGAGUUUCCUUAGAGAACAAGGGCGAGAUCUUCCCCUUCCAAACGAGUCUGUUCACGGAAAGACAGUCGUCAUAGCUGGAGCGAAUGUUGGAUUAGGACUCGAGGCAUCGGUCCAUGUCGCGAACAAGAAGCCCAGCUUGCUCAUUGCAACAUGUAGAGACACAAUGAAGUGCAGGCAAACGUUGGAAAUCACGCGUGUGCUCUUAGUCCUCUGCAAACGCUGCUCUGGAACUCAACCAGCUAGCCUUGAUUCGUGGCCGCUAGAGCUGUCUUCUUUUGACAAUGUCCGCUCCUUUGUUGACAGGUUCGACGCAGAAGGGCCGGAACGCCUGAAUAUCCUCGUCGCCAACGCGGGCACAUUCAAACCAGUUUAUACUCGAACCCAGGAUGAUUGGGAAAUGAUGCUACAAGUCAAUUAUCUCUCAAUGGCCCUUUUGAGCAUUCUCCUUCUGCCUCUUCUGCUCCGUUCGGCGACUUGCGAAGAUCCAUCCCGACUGGUCCUGGUGUCAAGUUUGGGACAUUAUCUUGCGGAUCCCGUGUUGACGCGUUCACGAAAUUGGGAUAAUGUAUUAGGGGCUAUCAGUGCGGAGAAACUGGGGGUGUCUGGGGCGUCCAGGUACAACCUGACGAAAAUGCUCCAGGUCGCAUUCGUGCGCGGACUUGCUGCCCGGCUUCCUUCUCCAACUCCACUGGUCAUCACUGCUGUUGAUCCGGGAUUUUGCCAUUCGUCUUUACUGCGGGAACUUGAAAAGUACCGUCUCUUACGUAUGGUUCUUGCAUUCGUGAAGUGGCUUCUUCGCGCAAGAACGUCAGAAAUGGGCAGUCGUAAUCUUGUUUAUGCAGCUCUAGCAACAAACGCGCAGGAUCUCCAUGGCAAGUAUAUGUCAAGUUGUGAGAUCGUCGAGGAAUGUGAUUAUCUAUUAAGCGCUGAGGGCAAAGCGUUCUCAGAGAGACUUUGGUGGGAGACUAUCGAAGUUUUGGCGAAAGUAGAUAACCGCGUGUCUCAGAUCUUAAGCACUUACUUGCAAGCUAGGUAG